CUGCUGGUAGAUAGCUAGGUGUGGCUCUACACUCAUACCUCUGGUCUUGCGCAAAUCACCUCUAGGCAAGAUGUCAUCAUUAGAGAAGAUGAAGAUUCAGGGAAUCCGUAGUUAUUCCCACAUGGAACCCAGUGUUAUCGAGUUUCAGAAGCCACUAACUUUGAUUGUUGGACCUAAUGGAGCAGGGAAGACGUCUGUUAUUGAAUGCCUGAAUUACAUGGCCACAGGGGACAUGCCUCCUGGCAGCAAACAAAGUUUAUUUGUGCAUGACCCCAAGGUUGCAGGUGAACAAGAAGUACGUGGGCAAAUAAAACUGAAAUUCAGGGACGUCACUGGUAGUCCUAUUGUUGUAACCCGUACAUUGGUUUCACUGCAAAAAGGUAAAAAGAUUGAAACAAAAACUUUAGAGGGAAAUGUCAUGAGGGAGGUCCAUGGAGAGAGACGGAGUUUGAGCUCAAAGUGUGCUGAUAUCAACAGAGAGAUGAUUUCAUUUCUUGGAGUAUCUAAAGCAGUGUUGGAUAAUGUGAUUUUUUGCCAUCAAGAGGAAUCUAACUGGCCGCUUAGUGAAGGAAAAGUGCUCAAACAAAAAUUUGAUGAAAUCUUUGCUGCCACACGAUACAUAAAAGCUUUGGAGGCAAUUCGCAAAUUUCAAAAAGAACAGGUUCAAACUGUGAGAGAGUAUUCUAUAGAACUGGCUCAUUUAAAAGCAAACAAAGACAAAGCAGUUCAGAUAGAGGGUGAGAUGAAUGAAAGCAAAGGAAAGAUUGUAGCCACUAAAGAUACGGUCAAUGGGCUGAAUGCAAAACUUGAACCAGUGGAGAUGAGGUUAGCUGAACUGGCAGGAAUUGCUGAUGACGUGUUUGAAUUAGAGAAAAAAGUUGAGUCUUUGUUGACAGAAAAGAAGCAGCUGUCAAAAGUAGAGAUAGACUUGAAAGACAAGAUCAAUUAUCCUUUUGAUGGUUCUGUGGAAGAAUUACACAAGUUCCUUUCUGAAUUUCAAAGUAGAGUCUUGGAGAAGGAAAAAAUCUUACAGGAGAGUGAAGGCAAACUACAGAAAUUGUUCAAAGAUCAGCAAAAGCUUAAUGAGGAACGAAACAAGUUGUUGUUGGACCAUGGAAAACUUGAACAGGAAGCAAAGAGGCACGAGGAGAAUCUAAUCGAAAGAAAUCAGAUUAUUGUAAAGAUUGCUGAGGAUUAUGGCUUUAAAGGUUAUGAAGAAGGCCCUUUUUCGGAGGACAGAGUAGAUCAGUUCAUUGGUGAAAUGAAGAGGAAAUUCCAAGAUAUUGUUGAAAACGCAAAACGUCAAAAACAAGUAUUUGAGGAGAAUUUGAACAAAGUACAAGCGAAGCUUGAUGAUGUGAAGAAAAGUCAAGCUCAGUGCGAGGAAACUAUUCGACUCAAGACCAAACUCAUGAGAGAAAAUCAACAGAAGCUGAGACAAAUCGGCCAGGAAUUGAGUAACGUAGACGCUUCAGCCAACAGACUAAAGACAUUGGAGGAGGAACUACAGAGGGCGGAAAGGGAUCUUCAAGAUGCUCAAAAGAGUGGUAACGUAGAUGACUUGGGUAAAGACAUUGAUAAACUUCAGACUGAAAAGCGUAAGGUUGAUAAUGAACUGCGCCAGUUACGGGAAGAACAGCAGGCUAUGCACAUGCAGUCUACCACGCAGGCUAAACUGGACAUGCUCUCCAAGGAGAAAAACAACAAAGAGGAUGCUAUACAAAAAAUCAUGGAUCGCCACGAAGAAGACCUGAAAUCGACGUUUGGUGGACGGGGCACAUCAGAGAGCCUUUACACGAGACUACAAGAACACCUGAGAAAAAAAGAGAGAGAAUUAAAAGACUCCAGAAAUAAUCUACAGAAACUGAAACAACAGCUUUCUUCGACACAAACGCAUAAAAGGAUGAUUUUAGAAAACCUACAAGACAAAGAGAAAGAAGCACAGCGGCACAAAAAGCAAAUUUCUGAGGUCUGUGGGGAAAAUGAUUACAACACCACAAGGGAAACCAUCAAGGACAGAAUUGCAAAUCUACAAGAUGAACGAGGAAUCAUCGGCUCAUUGGAGAAAAUCUACUCCAAGUAUGUUUCUAAACUGGAUAGUGAAGAUGUCCACUCAAGUGGCUGUCCUCUGUGUCAUAGAACCUUUGAUAGUGACAGGCAGAUUACUGCUCUUGUUUCAGAGUUGAGAAAUAAGAUUCGAGAUCUCCCCGAGAGAAGAGAGUCGAUGGAAAGAGAGCUCGACCAAGAGCAAAAACGCUUUCAUCGCGUCAUUGAGCUGGCCCCAGCAAAAGAAACUCUGGAAAAACUGGAAAACAACCGAAUUCCUGAGGCCAAAUCUAAACUGGAAGAGAUCGCAAGUGAGAUACAAAGAAUCGAGGAUAAGAUAACGGAGCUUGAAGAUGUUCAGAGUUUGACCGAAAGCGAGGCGCAGAGUGCUCGAGAUAUGGAACCAGACAUUCGUAUGUUGGACAAAUACAAGUCAGAGCUGAAGGAAAUGGACAAGAAUAUAUCUUUGCUGCAGUCUAAACUCCGUGGAGUUGCGCCAGGUAGAACCAUGCAGUCAGUUUCAAAUGAAAUCACCGAUAGACAAGAUCGCUCUGACACGCUCAAUAACCACAUUGAUCGUAAAAGAACUCAGUUGAGCCAACUGCAGCGGCAGCUAAGUGACUUGGAGACUAAUGUGCACGAGCUCAAGUCACAAAAGCUUCGAUUGAAAGCUCAGUUGCAGACGAGAACUCACUUAGAACAACAAAAAGCCGAACUCACCGCAAACAACAAUGCCUUUGCAAGGGAAAUUAAGGAAGCCGAGGAAGAUUUAGCCCCUAUCGCGGAAAAACUUGAAGAACUGCAGGAGGAAAAACAACGAGUUGUGGGUCAGAAGGAGGCUUCAGAUGACGAAAAUCGCAAGAAGCUCCAAGAAAUAAGAACGAGAGGGGACAAAGUGCGGGAGAAAACUGCUGAAAUAAAAAGGUACGUGAGCGAUGGAGGCACAACGGCCUUACAGGAAAACGAGGCUCGUUUACGAGAAGUGGAAGGUAGAGCAGACAAACUGAAAUCGGAGAAAGAAGCUGUGUCUUCUGAAAUCGAUAAACUGAAGAACGACAUUUCCAAGCAACAGAUACGGGCCCGUGAACUUGAGGACAACAUUCAGUUGAAGAGUACCCAGGAAGAAAUUCAAAAUAUCGACAAGAAAAUGGCAGAUGUUUACAAAGAACUGCGUAAGUUUGGCGACCACCAGGACCUUGCUAGUGAGAGGCAAGAAUUGCAACAGCGAUCUGACGAUCUAAGGAAAGAGAAAGCGCACCACGAAGGGCGACUUACAGGUUACGAGGAUGACCUGAGGCGGUGCCAAAAGGAGUUGCGCAGUGACUUGUUUAAAAAUGCUGAGGAGAAACACAGACAAAAAGUCAUCGCUAUGAAGACCACUGAAAUGGCAAAUGAUGACCUUGGAAAGUACUAUAAGGCUCUUGACAGGGCCAUUAUGCGAUAUCACGGAAUUAAAAUGGCUGAGAUCAACAAAAUUAUCAAAGAGUAUUGGAUCAACACAUACAAGGGGAAUGAUAUCGAUACAAUUGAAAUUCGUGCAGACGAGGAAGAAGGAAGUGGAGCGAUUAAAGCACGACGGACGUAUAACUACAGGGUGGUUAUGGUUAAAGGAGACACAGUACUGGACAUGAGAGGACGCUGUAGCGCUGGACAGAAGGUUCUGGCAUCGUUGAUAAUCAGAUUAGCUCUAGCAGAAACAUUUUGUCUGAACUGCGGUAUUUUAACUCUCGACGAACCGACUACAAAUUUGGAUGAAGAUAACAUAGAGAGUCUUGCGAACCAAUUAGCAGCCGUCAUCAGAACCAGACAUCUGCAGAGAAACUUUCAACUUGUGAUCAUCACCCAUGAUGAAGAGUUUGUGGAAAAUCUUGGGAGAAGCGAUUUUGUAGACUACUACUUUAGGAUAUACAAGGACGAAAAUGGUUUCUCGAAGAUAGUGAAACAGAGUGUGGCUGCUCUGAACAGGGAGGAAUCUUUCCAGUAGAUUUCUUGUACUAAAAGGAAGUUACUUGUCAAGGCUCUCCACUGACGAUAACUUGAUGUUUUGCGUUAAUAUUGUACAAUAUUUAAGGAUA